CGCGAAGCAGGAAGCGAAAGAGGCGGUUUGAAUUUUAUUUUACUUCGAUUAUCCAAAAUGUUCAAAACCGGUUUAAACAUGUAGAAUUACUGCUUGCAUAUCAGAUAUUUUAAUAAAAACUGGGAACAACAAAUAAAAUAUUUAGGGAAAUAAAAAGACUACGAUAAAAUACAGUUCAAAAGAUCGAGAUAAAAUUUAUCAAAAUGGUUUAUCUGCUAUACACAGGAAUAAUUUAACGACAGUUUUUAGAAGAAAAUAUUUCCCCCCUUUUUUUAUUUCAAGGAUCUUAAGUACAGUUAAUUCAAAGGUGCUAUUUUUGUUUAUAAAAAUUAAACAAAAUCGUAUAAAUACAGAGUAAAGUGUUUGUUUUUUUGUUUUUUGGGGGGUUUGUUUGUUUGUUUGUUUGUUUUUGUUGUUUUUUUUGGCUGUUUAUUUUUUUAUUAUUUAGUUAUUUUAAUUAUUAUUAUUAUUAUUAUUUUAAAUUUGGUAAGUUUAGUUUUUUCUUUGUUUUGUUUUGUUUAAUUUGCCAUCAUUUUUUUUAUUUAUUUUUUUAUUUUAUUCUUACAAAAUAUUAGUUAUAUUUAUUGUUGUUGAUUAAAUUGCCUUGAACUGAAAGUGAAUCCAGCUGUAACAGCAGAUAUCGAUGUUCCAUUUUAAUCUGAUUUAAACAAUUAUAUGUUUCUAUGUUAAAGUGGGACAUAUUAAGUCCACGUGGGAACAGUGUUUAGAUAAAACUCUCCUGUACUAUAAAUCUUUAUGGCCAGGUUUUAGGUCAAAGUCUCCUCAGUGCAGUAUGUAUUUCUGCUGCAGAGAUGUAAACAAAACAUGUUAUGACUGAUUACAACAAGCAACUGUGCGUUAACAACAGAAUUUACAGCUCCAGUUUUCACCAGAAAAAAAGGUGUCAAAGCUUCUGUUUUCACUGACCUUUGUACAUGAAUCAGUGCUUGAUAAUUUACAGAACUAUGAAGAAUAAAUUGAGGAGAAUUAAAUUUGUUAAACUGUAUUUUAAUCUCAACCAUUCCUUAUGAUUUAGAAACACUUUGCAGAAAAUACUGCAGGCAAAUGUGCAAAAAUACAACGAUGCAGUGCACUUAAAAGAGGAUAAAAUGCGUAUUAGGGUGUCCUUGAAUUUAUGUAAUAUAAGAUGCAUUGCACUCUGUGAAGCUAAAUGCAUAUUAGUUUCUACAAGCACUGCAUGAACACACAUUCAGUAAUGCUGACUGGAACUGCUGGAAAAUUACUUAAAGUGACUCCAACUAACGUUAAAGGUAACUUCAAACAGGGGGCAGUGAAGCACCUCAAAGCUGUUUGUCAACCACUAAUAAACAACACAAGAAGAAGAAGAGGAAGAGGAGGAGAAGGUGGAGUAUUUCUGGACAAGCAGGAGUCACCUGUAGCCAUGGCAGACACAAAUCUGGGUGAGUUAAACUUCAGAAUAAACUAAAAAAAAAACUAAGAGAACAGCAAAACUAGAACUUUUAUUAAACACCUCAUUAAUUAACCGUAUAACUGAUCUCAUGAGAAAACUCAGUUUGUCUCAGACUUCUGCAGCCUUGACAGAGUUUCUGAUGUGCUGCUUAAAACCAUUUAGAGUUAGAAAUGAGUAUGAACAACAGUUUCUGCAGAGACACCGGUCUGUGGAGAAGGAAACGGUCUGUUGAAAUGAUUGUUGUUUUUUCUAAUUUCAGACAGACUUCCUGGUUUUAAGUUUCAGCAUGGACUCACAUUUAUGGUUUCCUCUGUCCUCUUAAAGAGACAGCAGCAGGAUUUUAUACGGCAGAAACUGUGUUUUUAUUCAAACGAGGAAAGAAGUACACAGAAACUGAACAAUUACAGAAUGUGAAGUGUGUCAAAAGUGAAAGUACUGCACUCAGAAGAAGUCGAGUUCAGAUUUAUUAUGUUAUUAAACUCGUACCAACUGUAAAAGCUGAAUGUGUAACUAUAAGGUAUGCAUGCAGCAUGUAUGCAGCAGUAUUUGAUUUACAUUUAAUACAAUAUCUACAAAAUAACAGAAAACUACAGCUAUCAAAUCAGUUUAAUGAAGUUUAAAAUACAUGUCUUCCUUUUUUGACAACUUUUAGUAGUUGAAUGAGAAUGAGUAUAUCAGCAAAAUGAGCUUUUUGUUUUUAUCUGUCUUUUUAUUAUUAUUAUUAUUAUCAUUAUUAUUAUUAUUAUUAUUAUUAUUAUUGUGAAAGCUCACGUUUGUGUUUCUUAUCCUCCAUGUUUUCUUUUUUAGGUGUCUCUGCUACAGUGAAGAUGAUCCUUCAGAGCGCAGCGGCCGGUUUUGCUUUCGGAGAAGCCGCGUUAUUCGCGUUAGACCCCACACUGACUAAAGAUGGCGUCCUGUUGAGCGCAGCCACAGCGGCUGCAGAACGAAUCGGCUCCACAGGUGUCGGGGUCGUGAUCAUGUGCCUUGUUUUCACCUCCUUGCUCAUUUCUCUGGGCUGUGGUUUCCUCCUCGCCGCGGUGGUGAUGAAGCUGGGGACUAAAGUCGGAGUGAGGUUGCCGUGGUUACUGGGGGUCACAGCAGGAGCGUCACUCGUGGUGGGCGCUGUUGGACCUGGAGUUCUAGUGGGCCUCCUUCCACCGUGGAUCUACUUCGCAGCCCAGGGCGUUCUGGUCCUCGUCGUCUACUCGCGCUCCAACAUGAACGACAUGACCACGGCGCUCCUCAUCAUCUUCAGCACGCUCUACCUGAGCGUCGUUUACGGGAGAACGGGUUUUAUAGCGGGACUCUUCAGUAUGUUAUUCACCAUCUCCGUGCUUUAUGGCGUUCGACAAGCCGUAAAGGGGAGGACUAACAUCGGACCGCUAUCUAAGAGGGGGUGCAGACUGCUGGAGGGGGUCGUCUUCGUCUCCGUGUUUGUCGGGAUUCUGGGAUUUUUCGUAGGAGUGAGCGCAGGUAUUACAGGAAGAGGAGUUGAAGGAGAGGUGGUUGUCAUGCUGCGUUCAGUCCUCUGGGUGGCGUUUCUGUUCGGAGGGCUGCUGGGAGCCGGUCUGGGAACUGUGGCCAUGGUCGGACUCGGGCAAGAAGUGUCUGGAAAGGUCGCCGUAGGAGCCGCCGUGUUAUCAUCUGUUGCCUUCAGAGUCAUUCUCGCAGCGUCUCUAGGGGCCCGAAGCAGCACAGGGGGGAUGCUGGGAGCCACGACAGCUGCAGGGGUGUCACUCGGAGCUGCGAGCAUCUCUGCAAAUCGAGCUUUUGCAUCCAGGAACUCUGCGUUGGCUGUUCUGGGUGCAGUUGCUGGAGGUGCAUUUCUAUCAACACACGAUCUGGGACUGAAAUAUUCCACACCAACGACAUCAGAACUCGUGACGAUUAUCCUUGUUGCAGUGGUGGCCUUUAUCCUGGGCGCACCGAACAGCCCGUUCAACACUGUGGUGAAUCUACGAUCCACGGGCCUCCUCACAGGGUCAGAGCUGCUUCAAAAAAUCGGCAUGGAGACCGUCACCGGGGUAGCGGCGCCGGUCGGAAGUGGGGCACUCGGGGCCGCGGCGCUGGGUACUGCGGCUCUGGGGAAACUGGGAACUGUGGGAGUUGCGGUGGCCAUACUGAUGGCGUUGGUCGGUACGCUCACUGCUGUGACAGAAAAAUCACAGACUGAGGAAGAUGAUGAACACACAGACUGAUGAUUGAUUUCUCCCACCUGUGGACAGGUGUGGGGAUCGAUCUGAGAAGUUUUACCGUCAAAUGAAUGUGAACGAAUGUUGUGCCUUUUUUUUAAUGUCCUGAUUUUACAUGAAAAACAGAUCCUUGUUGUCCAAACUUGACUACUGUGUUUAUAUUUCUUGACAAUCUGUUGGAUAAUAAAUGACUCAACCUGAACCUCUGAA